AUGGAAUCGACUCCAAACUAUGACUUCAGUACAGACAGCUACAGUGCAGAAGAUUACACAGAUGAAGAACUAUGCAACCUUGACCCUAACCCCACAGAGGUCAUGACCCAAAGUUACAUCCACUCCAUCAUCUGUGCCUUUGGCCUGAUUGGUAACGCCCUUGUAAUCGUCACUUACAUAUUCUAUAAGAGAACCAAGACGAUGACGGAUGUCUAUCUCUUCAAUGUGGCAGUAGCCGAUCAGAUCUUUGUGGUAGCCCUGCCAUUUAUCAUAUACAACGAGCAGCACAAUUGGUUAAUGGGCGUAGUGGCUUGCAAGAUUCUGAGAUCUGCCUACAGUGUCAACCUCUACAGUGGUAUGCUCCUGCUGGCCUGCAUCAGCGGCGACCGGUAUAUUGCUAUAGUUCAGGCAAGACGCACCUUUGGGACUCGCUCAAGAUCCCUCAUCUACAGCCGCAUCAUCUGCUCAGCUGUCUGGUUGUUUGCGGUGGCUCUAACGUUGCCUACACUCAUCUACACUGAGCGCUUUGAAGAGAGCAGUCUGGGAGCUGAUACUGUGACUGCGAUGUGUCAGAUGUCUUUCAGCAAGAAUGAGACAGCAAAGCUCGUGAAAGUAAUGGUCCCAAGCCUUCAAAUGGCCAUUGGCUUCCUGCUGCCUCUUGUGAUAAUGGUGUUCUGCUACUCCAGUAUCAUGUACACCUUGCUGAGAACACAGAGCAACCAGAGGCACAAGGCUGUCCGUGUUGUUAUGGCGGUUGUCGUGGUAUUCAUCAUGUGCCACCUACCCUACAACGUGACCCUGCUGAGCCACACUAUGUCUCUUUUUAAGGAGAGGGGCUGCGCCGUAGAACAGAUGAAACUGCGAGUUCUGUCUUUUUCCAGGAGCAUAGCCUACCUCCACUGCUGUCUGAAUCCCAUCCUCUACGCCUUCAUAGGGGUGAAGUUCAGGAGCCACUUCUGCCAAAUCAUAAAGGACCUGUGGUGCUUUGGGAAGAAGCACAUCUACUCCUCUCGCUCGUCACGUGCAACAUCUGAUUUCUGUGUCUCAGCCUUCAAGUCUUCAGAUGGCUCAAACAACAUGUCAUCAUUCAGUGCGUGA